GGCGGUCUGCGCGGCGCGGCGGCUCGUUCUUGGAGCGGUUCGUGGUCGGUGACGCUCACCAUGUUGUGCCGGGCGGCGUGCAGCACGAGCAGGAAGCUGGUGCCAGCUCUGGGGUCUCUGGCUUCCCGGCAGAAGCACACCCUCCCCGACUUGCAGUAUGAUUAUGGCGCCCUGGAGCCCUACAUCAACGCCCAAAUCAUGCAGCUGCACCAUAGCAAGCACCACGCGGCCUAUGUGAACAACCUGAAUGUCACCGAGGAGAAGUAUCAGGAGGCGCUGGCCAAGGGUGAUGUUACAGCUCAGAUAGCUCUUCAGCCCGCCCUGAAAUUCAAUGGUGGAGGCCAUAUCAAUCAUACCAUUUUCUGGACAAACCUGAGCCCUAAUGGUGGUGGAGAACCCAAAGGGGAAUUGCUGGAAGCCAUCAAACGUGACUUUGGUUCCUUCGAAAAGUUCAAGGAGAAGUUGACCGCUGUAUCUGCUGGCGUCCAAGGCUCAGGUUGGGGCUGGCUUGGUUUCAAUAAGGAACAGGGACGCCUACAGAUUGUUGCUUGUCCUAACCAGGAUCCCCUGCAAGGAACAACAGGUCUUGUACCUCUGCUGGGGAUUGAUGUGUGGGAGCACGCUUAUUACCUUCAGUAUAAAAACGUCAGACCUGAUUAUCUGAAAGCUAUUUGGAAUGUAAUCAACUGGGAGAAUGUAACCGAGAGAUACGUGGCUUGCAAAAAGUAAAACGUUAUCAUUACACUCAGCACAUUAAGCAAUUUACGACUAUUUUUGUAGUAGUACGAAGUACCACAGUGUACCAGUAAGCUGCUCUAGGAUAGCAUUUCUGAUUGUUGCUUAUUCAAAUAUUUGAUAAACGUAAUGCUAUGAAUAAUUUCUUGUUUUAAAAUUUUGUUAUUGGGCAACUGUUUGAAAAUAUUAAAUGCUUUGUAUGAUUCGGUCUUUUCGUUGAACAUUUUCUUUAGAGAGCUAAAAUAGCUAAGAGGUUUUAAUUGUCAUCAUAAAACCAUCAAAAGUGUCCCAUCCCUAUACUGCGAGGGCCUCUAGGGAAGCAUUUCUAAUUCUGUUCUAUUGCAGUUAUAGAAAAUCUAGUCUUUUGCCCCAGUUGUUUAACAACAAAAUAUUAAAUUUAUUUCUCAGGGGAAAUAGUCAGUUUUCUAUUGAAAAUUGCUCUUUUUGUAGGUAUUCCUCUAUCUAGUAGUACUUCUGGCAGGUAUCAUCCAGUGGUCUUUAAUUGUUUGUGGUCACAUUUUGUCUUUUUAAAAUGUGUAACUUGAUUGCUAACUGAGAAUGCUUUAUUAUGAGAAGGAAAUAGUUGUGCAUCUGAAUUUUCCUGUAGGGAGAAAUACAAAGACUUUAUGUGAAAUUUUGUCCUCAAAGAAAUAUGUAUUGUACAGGUUCUCAGCAUGGACAAGUUAGGGCCAAGCUGAUAAAAUCAAUGAUAGGGAGGAGGUCACGGAUCGUUCUGGUUGGGCACUAGGUCAGGUGCUGCCUUCACCGGAAGAGACAAAGUCGUUUCUGGAGGAGGUCAGCAGCGUGCCUGCCUCAGGACGGAAGGAAGAAUGCCUGCCUCAUUUAUUUCCAAAGACUUGUUUUUGAGUUAUUCUGUCCUAUUUGAUGUUUUUCUUUUCUUUUAAAAAAUGUACAGUGACUGUAGGAGCUUUAUAUUUAGUUUUUUCAAUAAA